AUUAAAGAUCACUUCCGACAGGUUCUGCAUAAUUUAGGGGGCAGGCAAUUAAAAGAAUUUGGCCGAUAUUAGCGUGCAUUAUACCCGAUUUUGGGGGGGUCGUGUAACCCUGACACAAAACAAGACAAAGAACCAGCCAAAAAGAGGAGUCGUGCCGUUAGAAGUAUAACGACUACUUAAUAGUUUAACUACAAUUACGAAAAUAUAACAUAGUUUAAUAACCACUAGUUAUACAAGUACCUUGAACUUUUGUACUAAUAGAAUAUUCAAACCUCAUAGUAUCAAUUGGGGAGGGUAUAGAAUUGGAGGUGAAGAAAACAAUUGCCAAUUCAAGAAGGGUUUGUUUUACUUAGUUGCAAACUAUACGCAGUAUAAAAAUUUACGAGCCAGCCAUAGAGAAAGUAAUAGAAAGUAAUAGAAAUUAAUAAAGUUUUGAAUUAUUCAUAAAUAAAAUAGAUAUAUUUGACAGCCAUAUGACAUCAAAUCCUGGUCUAAUAAGACUAAUUAUUCCUCCGAUAUCAAUUCGAACAGUUUUAACAUGUUUAGUAUGGUAUCUGGUAUCAUCAUUAACAUCUCAAUUAACAAAAUUAAUACUUACAAGAUGUACAUUCCCAUUAUUUUUAGCUCAAAGUCAAUCAAUAAUAUGUACAUUACUUGCCCUUUUAUUUGUUAUAAUUGUUAAAAAAUUCCCUCGAAUAGCAGAUUUAUUUCCCGAUGGUAGUAUUCCAACUGAAAAUACUAAAUCAAUCUUUAAUUUAUCAGUAUUUCUUAAAGUAUUACCAUUAGGAUUAUUUCAAUUUGUUGGUAGAUAUUUUUCAUUAAGUGCUACUUCAUUAAUACCUUUAGCAACAGUUUCAUCAAUUAAAGCAUUAUCUCCAUUAUUAAUUGUGGCGGGUUAUAGAAUAUUGUAUAAUGUUAGAUUUCCAAUUAUAACAUACCUUUCAUUAACUCCUUUAUUAAUAGGAGUUGUAUUAAUGAUAGUAUCUGAUUCAGUCAAUAAUCCAAAUUCCACUUCAAACUUAUUAACAAAUGAUAAAAAUGAAAUUGAUCCUACUCAAAUUAAAGGUUUAAUCUUUUGUUUAAUAAGUACAAUUAUUUUUGCUGGUCAAAAUAUUUAUGGUAAACAAUUAAUGACUUGGGAUAAUACUUCAAUAACUUCCAACCCUGCAUCAUUAGUAUUAAAUACUGAUACCACAAGACCAAAUACACCUAAAUUAAUGAAUGGUUCAUUUUCACCUGUCAAUAAUAAUGAACGGAAAGAAAUUAAUAAAUCACCUUCAUUUUUAAAUGGAGCCAAUGCAAUUUUAUCUAAAUUUGUAAGACAAAGAAAUUAUAAUACUACAGUAAGUCCAUUACCUUAUUCUUCUUCCGAUUUACGAUUAGAUGAAAAAUUUGAUUAUCAAAAUAUAAAUCAUAGUCAUACCCAUUUAAAUUCUAUUUCCCCAUAUGCUCAAGCCGUUGUAAAUAGUAAUACGAAUGUUUAUAAUCCAUUCGCUAGUAUCAUGGAAAGAUUUGAAUUAGAUAAGGUUGCAAAACCAGAUCAAUUAACCAUAAUUCUUUACUGUUCAGUAAUAGGAUCUAUAUUUUCAUUCGGUGGCUUUGUUUGGGAAGAAUUGGGUCCAUUAAUUAAAGAGGUUAAUAAAUCAAUUUCUGAAGUGACAACAACUAAUAAGUAUAACUUCUUAUCAAUUCUUAGUCUCAUUUUACUUGAUUCUUUAUCAUUUUUCAUUCAGACUCUAUUAGCAUUUCAUUUAUUGGGUCUGAUACCUACAUUAUCUUAUUCAAUUGCUUCAAUGAUGAAAAGAAUCGUUAUAAUCACUGUUAGUAUUGUUAUGACCAUUAGUGUAAUUCCAAUUCCAAAUGAUGAAAAUGAUGGAUCAUCAAAGAUUCCCAGAUCUUCAUCACCUCCACCACCAGCAUCAUUUGGUUUCAAUAAAAUUACCAAUGAACAAUUUAUUGGAUUAAUAUUAAUUGGAAUUGGUCUUUACUCUUAUGAUAGAUGGGGGUCAAGAGGUCUUAAAGCUCACAAUGGUAAAAGUUGACCAAUUAUAUUGCUUAAUAUGUUAUAUAUAAAUAUAAAUACAAAUACAAAUACAAAUUAAUAUAGAAUUAAAAAGAAAAUAUGUUUGGAUGCUAGAAUGCGAGAUUGUCAUUAAGAACUUGGACCCCUCCCUCUCUUUCACCGAUUAAAGUUAAUAAAAAGGUAGUACUAUCCGUCUUUAACCAAUAUCGCCCGUAAUUUCCGUGACUACCUAGAUAAUAAAAUUACUACCUAACUAGUAUACUCUCGUAUGUGUUGUAGAGAGCACCAACCCUAGGUAAAUACUUUGGAAUUCCAAAGUCGAAUUGUCGCCCUACAAUAAUACAC